AUGAUGAGAGAAGCAGUGCUAGUUUUUGUUUUAUGUGCUCUGUCACUACCAAUUGCUCAGGAUUGUCCUCUACCAACCAUAGCUCAGUUAGAGGCUGCAUUGCCUCCUUUACUAGUCAUUUCUGAUGGUGGCCAGUCAUACUCUCCUAAUGUAACUGAAGGAUCAGUUCGAUAUGUCUGUCUAGCUCAAGGGAGCAUGAUUGCUACUUAUGAAGCCAUAGCUCUUAUAGCUACAUUCACUCCUAAUCCAGGAGAACCUGAACAAACUAGGAUAUUUGAUAUUGAGUGUAGCAGUGGUACAUGGAGUGGAAGGACUGGUAGUUUAGAUCCUUCUCCUGCCAGUGUUGUUGGUGUUCCUCCAAGAACUGAUUGUUAUCGAUGUCGGGAAGGUUUUGGUGGUGAUACUAGAUGUAGAGCAUGUGACAGUGCUUGUAAUUCUGGACUGAUGAGGUGUACUGGAUCAGGUUCUGGUGAUUGUUGUUUAUCAUUUGCUGCAAAUA